GGGGAGCGAGGCGCGGGCUGCGGCUUUGUUGUACAUUGUCUUCACGGCCUCUUUCCUUCUUCCUCGCUUCCCCUGCAGAUAGUUCAUUCAGAGCCCGCAGCCACCAGCGUGGCGUUUUGCACCAAUAUGAAUCUUUUCAACUUGGACCGCUUUCGCUUUGAGAAAAGGAGUAAGGUGGAGGAAGCGCCCGAAGCGACCCCCCAGCCCGCCCAGCCCGGCCCUUCCUCGCCUAUCACUCUUAGUGCGGAAGAAGAGAAUGCUGACGGGGAAGUGAGCAGAGCAAAUACCCCCGAUUCAGACAUAACUGAAAAAACAGAAGAUUCUAGUGUUCCAGAAACUCCAGAGAAUGAAAGAAAAGCAAGUAUAUCAUAUUUCAAGAAUCAGAAAGGAAUCCAGUAUAUUGAUUUGUCUUCUGAUAGUGAAGAUAUUUCCCCAAAUUGCUCCAGUACAAUUCAAGAGAAAAAAUUCAACAAAGACACUGUGAUCAUAGUUUCUGAACCGUCUGAAGAUGAAGAGUCCCAGGGCCUUCCUCCCAUGUCACGAAGAAAUGAUGGUAUUUCAGAAUUGGAAAAUCUUUCAGAACUGGAAGAUCUUAAAGAUGCAAAACUUCAGACCUUGAAAGAACUUUUUCCACAAAGAAGUGAUACUGAUUUACUUAAGUUGAUUGAAUCAACAACCACUAUGGAUGGAGCCAUCGCUGCUGCCUUGCUAAUGUUUGGUGAUGCAGGUGGUGGGCCCAGGAAGAGAAAAUUAUCUUCUUCUUCAGAGCCAUAUGAUGACGAUGAAUUUAAUGAUGAUCAGUCUUUUAAAAAGACAAGAUUGGAUCAUGGAGAGGAAUCAAAUGAGUCUGCAGAAUCUAGCAGUAAUUGGGAAAAACAGGAAAAUAUUGUAUUGAAACUGCAAAAGGAAUUUCCCAAUUUUGAUAAACAGGAACUAAGGGAAGUACUCAAAGAACAUGAGUGGAUAUACACAGAAGCCUUGGAGUCUCUGAGAGUGUUUGCGGGAGACCAGGAUAUGCAAUAUGCUUCACAAAGUGAGGUUCCCAAUGGAAAAGAGGUUUCUUCAAGGACUCAAAAUUAUCCUAAAAAUGCACCUAAAACAAAACUGAAACAGAAAUUUUCCAUGAAAGCACAAAAUGGAUUUAACAAGAAACGUAAAAAAAAUGUAUUUAACCCUAAAAAAGUGGGUGAAGACUCUGAGUAUGACUCAGGUUCGGAUGCCGGCAGCUCCCUGGAUGAGGACUACAGCAGUGGGGAAGAGGUGAUGGAGGAUGGCUACAAGGGGAAAAUCCUCCACUUCCUGCAGGGCGCCUCGAUUGGUGAGCUCACUCUCAUUCCUCAGUGCUCCCAGAAGAAGGCUCAGAAGAUAACAGAACUCCGGCCCUUUAACAGUUGGGAGGCUCUGUUCACAAAGAUGUCUAAAACUAAUGGCUUAUCAGAAGAUUUGAUAUGGAACUGUAAAACAUUAAUCCAAGAAAGGGAUGUAGUUAUAAGACUUAUGAACAAAUGUGAAGACAUUUCAAAUAAAUUGACAAAACAAGUUACCAUGCUUACUGGUAAUGGAGGUGGAUGGAACAUAGAACAACCUUCCAUUCUAAACCAAAGUUUGUCACUCAAGCCCUACCAGAAAGUUGGUUUGAAUUGGCUGGCAUUGGUACAUAAGCAUGGACUUAAUGGCAUUUUGGCAGAUGAAAUGGGUCUAGGCAAAACUAUUCAAGCCAUUGCAUUCCUGGCAUACCUCUACCAGGAAGGCAAUAAAGGUCCUCAUCUGAUCGUGGUCCCAGCUUCAACUAUAGAUAACUGGCUAAGGGAAGUUAACUUGUGGUGCCCUACUUUAAAUGUGCUCUGUUACUACGGUUCUCAAGAAGAGCGUAAACAAAUUAGAUUUAACAUUCAUAAUAAAUAUGAAGAUUAUAAUGUAAUUGUAACUACGUAUAAUUGCGCAAUCAGCAGCUCUGAUGACCGCAGUCUGUUUCGACGUCUGAAACUUAAUUAUGCAAUUUUUGAUGAGGGCCAUAUGCUAAAGAAUAUGGGCUCCAUCCGCUACCAGCACCUUAUGACAAUUAAUGCAAAUAACCGAUUACUGCUCACAGGCACACCUGUGCAGAAUAAUCUGUUAGAACUCAUGUCACUGUUGAAUUUUGUUAUGCCACAUAUGUUUAGUAGUAGUACCAGUGAAAUACGAAGAAUGUUUUCUUCAAAGACCAAACCAGCAGAUGAGCAGAGUAUAUAUGAAAAGGAGAGAAUAGCACAUGCAAAACAAAUUAUAAAGCCAUUUAUUCUCAGGAGAGUGAAGGAAGAGGUUCUGAAGCAGUUGCCCCCCAAGAAAGAUCAAAUUGAGUUGUGUGCAAUGUCAGAGAAGCAGGAGCAACUCUACUUGGGUCUUUUCAACAGAUUAAAAAAAUCUAUCAAUAACUUAGAGAAAAAUACAGAAAUGUGCAAUGUCAUGAUGCAGCUGAGGAAAAUGGCCAAUCACCCUUUAUUACAUCGGCAGUAUUACACAGCUGAGAAGCUCAAGGAAAUGUCUCAGCUGAUGCUAAAGGAACCUACACACUGUGAGGCCAACCCCGACCUGAUUUUUGAAGACAUGGAAGUCAUGACAGAUUUUGAACUGCACGUCCUUUGUAAACAGUACCGGCACAUUAACAACUUCCAGUUAGACAUGGACUUGAUUUUGGAUUCUGGGAAAUUCCGAACUUUAGGAUGCCUCUUGUCUGAACUGAAACAGAAGGGCGACAGAGUUGUAUUAUUCAGCCAGUUUACCAUGAUGCUGGACAUUUUAGAGGUUCUCCUAAAACAUCAUCAGCAUCGGUACCUCAGAUUAGACGGGAAGACUCAGAUAUCUGAAAGGAUUCAUCUCAUUGAUGAAUUUAAUACCGACAUGGAUAUUUUUGUGUUUCUAUUGUCAACCAAAGCUGGUGGAUUAGGAAUAAAUCUGACUUCAGCAAAUGUGGUUAUACUUCACGAUAUUGACUGCAACCCUUAUAAUGACAAACAAGCAGAAGAUAGAUGCCAUAGAGUAGGCCAAACUAAAGAAGUACUAGUUAUAAAAUUAAUAAGCCAAGGGACAAUUGAAGAGUCCAUGCUAAAAAUUAAUCAACAGAAAUUGAAACUAGAACAAGAUAUGACCACAGCAGAUGAAGGUGACGAGGGGACCAUGCCAGCAGAUAUAGCCACGUUACUGAAGACGUCAAUGGGCCUGUGACGGAGCGUGAUGGGUUCCUGACUGAUGAGGAGAUCUCAACUUGGUGCACUCAAGGACAUUUACAUCAUGACGACCAUGGGGUUUAUGAACAUUUGUAACUUUUUAUAAUUUCCAUAUUGCAUUUCUCAUAGUAUGGACAACUUUUUGCCACUAACUGAACUCUCCAGAUGCUCACAUGAAAUUUCCUAAGAAGCCACAAAUAGGUAGUCCUGAAGAUGUUGAAUAAUCAUUUUACAACAGUUUUCUGAAUGGGGAUUAGUUGGUGAUUGUUUGUAACAAAUAUGCUAAUGCUUUAGAAAUGUCAGUAUUUUUGUAAUUAUUUCUACCUCCAAAUAUAUAUAUUGUCUUUCACUGGAUAACGUGUGUAGAUUUUUACAUGUGCCUUAUUUGACAAUGCUUAUGUCUUGUUUUUGCUUGUCUCAUUUGAAGUUCUUUUUUCCUGUGUUUAAAAAGUGCAGCUGGAUAGGUUUGUAGCUUUCAUUUUGUUGCUAUUUGAAGCAGAUGUUCACCAAUGUCAGCAAGAACUCAACCUGAAUCUAAAGGUGGCAUUCCAUAUUCUAACAUCCCCCAGGUCCUCUCCAUACUUUGGUUAAAACGAGUUUGUUUGGCACUAAGUUGUUUCCCAGUGAAUAGUAACUAAAGAAGCCCUUCCCUUGCUCCAUGGCCUCCUUCUGUUCCUUCCCCUACUGCACUGUUGUGGUCGUUCCUUCUGCCUACUCUUGUGCAUGUUUUCAUUGCUUUCCUCCUGCCUUUUGCUUCUCUUGAAACUGCUGCCAGGUCACUCCUGCUCCAGCUCUCUUCCUCUGAGUACUUUCUUCUUGCCACACCCAUUUAUCCGCCAAAUAUUGGCAACACUUUUUUAGUUUAUCAGACCAAGUUACUUAAAGCUGUCUGACUCAAGGGCAGACUGGAUGUGACUUCACAUUGAGGCAGCAUUGGGUACUGUGUGGAAAUAGGUCAUUAACUUUAUAAACUCUUAUCAAAAAACGUAACUUAGCAGUUUCCAGAAUUUCCAGUUUAAAACCGCCCGAAGAGAGAGCCAUUGUUCAAUUCCAAUUCAGUGUGAGUGACAAGGUAAAAUUUAGAAGUAAAGUUGUCUAUUUGCUAUUGAACUCUUUGUUAUAUCUUCCUUUAAAUUUUUGUCUGUCAGUCUAUAUUGCUGUUUUUAUUAUGCAUCAGUUUCUUUGUAUAACUUGUGAGUUUCAUGUGUUUUUUUAUUAUGUAAAUAUCAUUAUAAAUAAACUUAUUUAUAAAUCAAAGAUUUGUUAAUUAUUGGAGAUCACACUUUUAAAGACGCUGAACCUGCCACGAUGCUAAAUAAGUAAACCCUCUGGAUUUAGAAAGCAAAUGAAGCUCUUAGAGUGAUUCUUUAGAUGUUACAGGCUCAGAAAACACAGUUCAGUAGGUUUAUGGAAGUAUAUCGAAUAUACUGAAUAUAUUUUAGCAUUAUAGGGCUAAAAAGGAUCUUCAAACAUUAAUACUACCUCCUUCAAUAUCACAGUACCCAAAUCACUUAGAUUGUUGGGAAUAUUACCUUCUAAAGUCUUAACAGUAGAUUUUUCAUAACUUUUCUGUAUUAAUGUUUAUCUUCAGUGAUAGGCUGUUUUUUAUUGUUAUUGUUAUAUUUUUAUCUCUAAUAUAGUUAGGUUAUUCCUGUAAUGCUUUAUUAUGUGGUGGGCUUAAUAAAACUAUUUGUGAUCGUAAAUUGUAUUUUCA